UGAACUUAGUUUACACUGAGCAGAAGACAAGAUGGCGUCAGCAUGGCUGAUCGCUGUUUCAAUGUUGUGCACUGCAAAUUUGCAACGGUUCCUUGUCCAAGGCGAGACCCCGACGCCAAAGUUCCUGACGACAGCCACAAAUGUGACUGUCAACAAAGGUUCAGUAGCCGUGCUGCCCUGCGCUGUUCAAAACAUCGGCACUCAACAGGUAGUGUGGCGUCGCGACUCGUCCCCCAAUCCCUUGACUAUUGGUUCACUGACGUUCACCAGCGACAGCCGUAUAAGUGUACAUCAUCGGCCGCAGUCCUCGGGCUGGAACCUCCACAUCAAGCAAGUGUCGCCCGAGGACGCCGAUGUUUAUAUGUGUACUUUGCCCGGAAGAGAACGUGUCUUGAGUCGCGCAGUGUCACUGACGGUGCAAGACACUGCCGCUGGGGGAAAUGCCGCCUCAAAAUCAGUUCCAGGUAUAAGAAUAUCCGGCCCCCAAUUCGUGGAAGAGGGACAUGCAUUGCGCCUUGUUUGUAACGCCACCGGAGCUGUUUCUCCCCCAAAUGACAUUGACUGGUUCAAGGAUGGCGUAAAAGUCACACGGGAAGUCCGACUUCUGAUCGCAAAAACAGUGUCUAUGGCAAGGAGAACCUUAAACAGUGUCCUGUACAUCGACACAGCCGAGAUGACCGAUGCUGGGACGUACGUUUGCAGAACAUCGGAUCUCCAGAUUACAAGCACCAAAGUAUUUAUCAUCAAAGGAAGUAAGGAAGAAGGUGAUGCUGUUAAAUGUUUUCCUCUUCCGUUUUGGAUAGCUGUAUUCUGAUGGCUAGUGUACGAUCACCUGCCUUUCAAAGUCAUGAUUUUGUACAUUUUAAUGAACAAUGAUGACCUGGUGUUGAGUUCGCAAAUAUUUAAUUUCAUUGCAUUGUUUUUACUUACUUUCAUUGAAUCCACAUUUUCAUUGUUUCACUUCAUUUCAACAUCUUCAUCUCAUUCUAAAUUUAUUACACGUGUGACGUUUUCAUUGCACUUUCUCUAACAUGUGAAUAACCCGGUAUGACAUGAUACGCGAUGUCCGAUUUUACUCCAGUCCUGCUGGAGACUGAGCCAUGCAUACACCACUGAACGUAUUCCAGAGGGACAGACCUUAGUAAACACAACACGGAGUUGUGAGGUGAUAGCUUGAUAAAGAAACAUCAGGCUGUCAUCUUGGUGUGUAUUACUACAAAUAAGAUCAGAGUUAUGUUACAAGAUGGCAUAGUCUCAAUAUAACCGGGUUUUGAUGGUAUAACAGAAAACAUAUAUGCACAGUUAUCCUCGUUCACAACAUUUA